AUGGCCACUCGCUACGCUGAAGCCCACAAGAAGCCCCAGGGACCUCUACUGCCCUCCAGGACUCCAGGUGGCCAGUUGGCCGACAAGUCCAUUUUCAUCACCGGUACCUCCUCCGGAAUCGGCGUCGAAUCUGCUAAGGCCCUUUUCACCACCGGCGCAACGCUUUACUUGGCCGCGCGCAAUCUCGAAAAAGCGAAGCAAGCGCUCGGUGACCUCACCCGAUCACCUCGUGUGCACCUACUCGAGCUAGAUCUGAGCUCCCUCGACAGCGUGCGCGCCUGUGCGGCGAAACUACUAUCGCAAAUCAAGACGCUGAACAUCUUCAUCGCGAACGCGGGUGUGAUGGCCACCCCCGAGGGGCGCACCCAGGAUGGAUUCGAAACGCAAUUCGGAACGAACCAUCUGGGCCACUUCCUGUUUUCCAACCUCAUUCGGUCAUCGCUUCUGGCAGCUGCAACUCCUCAGGUCAACUCGCGCGCCGUGUUCUUAUCCUCCGCCGCGCACCGAUACCCCUUCCAGGGCCUGCGCGCCUUCAGCGUCCAUCCUGGUGGUAUCCAAACUGGACUGCUGCAAUACAUGUCGGAGGAGAAGAAUGCCUUGUCGAGCGAUCCGGUGCUUGGUCCUCAGUUCAAGAGUCCGGAACAAGGGGCUGCAACUUCGGUUUGGGGCAUAAUCUCCAAGUCGCUUGAAGGCAUGGUUGGCAAGUACCUGGAGGACAUCCAGAUCGCCAAGGCGUACGAUGCCAGUGAGGGACAGUGUGCACCUGGUUAUUUACCAUAUGCCUAUAGCUCAGAGAAGGAAGCAGGUCUUUGGGAAUUGUCAUUGGGACUGGUUGGAUUGGAAAACUAGAGCCUUUUGCGGUUUCUGCCUUUAUGUAUACAUAGACUCUGAUCAUCUGUGGUCUUGAUAGAUGGCAUCUUCUGGUAACGAAUGAUGUAAAUACGAUAAUCAG